GCAGCCGAUUAUUCAAUAGGCUUGCGGGUAUUUCACGUUCAGUUGUCAUACGUGGAAAUAGAAAAAAGUUUUUUAAUACAAUUUUGAAUAAAACUAAUGUUAAGUAUAUAAAUUAAAUAUGAUAUUCGUUCGUACAGUUCUAUCAUGUCGAUGUUCACUAAUUUCCAUCGCACGGCAUGGUUGCAAUAGUGUGACAUCAACAAGAAGCAGCAUAAAUGGACGCUUUUUGGCCACUUUCAGCCGCUCAAAGGCACCAGCACUCACACUUGUCGCACAACAGCAUCGUCCAUAUGCGUCUACCACAAGUGCAGCAAGCAGUCCCAAUGAGUCAGGUGACAUACGUGUCUACUAUGGCAGUUUAGCGCCAAGAAUGAAAGCUGUGAAGUUGUUUUCACUUACAACCAGCUUGGCAGGAAUGGCUGCACAGCCGGUUCUAAUGGAACAAGGUUUGAAAAUGGGUGGCACCCCAAUGGCUGUAUUUCUGUGCGGUUUCGCCGGCUUCUUUACAUUUGUAACGCCGCUUUUACUGCACUUUGUUACAAAAAAGUAUGUAACUGAAAUUCAUUACAAUCCACAAGCCGAUGAAUAUACGGCGACAACGAUUUCAAUUAUCCUUUAUCAGAUAAAGACGAAAUUCAAGACCAGCGAUGUUAAGGUGCCUGAAGUGCCUGGUAUGUUUACCUCCUUCUUAGUGCAUGACAAACCAUUGUUUGUUGAUCCCUCACUGUUUGAGGAUCCUGAGCAUUAUGUGCGUAUCAUGGGAUACGAUAAGCCAGUGGAUUUUAAAUUAGAACUAUCCGAAAGUGCAGCUAAAUCAGCAGAAACGGUUAAGAAGUAGCAAUAAAUCGGUUGUUGCUAAAACGUAUUAGAAUAAUUAUUAAAGUUACAAAUUAGCAGACGAAUAUGUUCGUCUAAAUUAUUUUUUAUCUAACAAGGUUUCUUUAAUACAAAACGAAAUAAAAGCAGCCUUUUUAAUUUUA